GGAGGUGACGGCGGCCGCGGCGAGAGACGCGGGCUUGGUGAGGCCGUUGGUGUGUCCGACAAGCGCCGAGAAGCUGCCCUUCCGAGGGGUCUCGUCGGCCAUGGCCGCGGCCGCAGCGCCCCGCCCGCCGCCCGCCCGGCCUCCGCCUCGGCCUCGGCCUCGGUCUCGGCCUCGGUCUCCGCCGCCCGGCCUCGCCCUCCCUCCGCUGCGCUCCCUCAGCCCCGCCUGGCCCGGCCCAAUCGCCGCCCAACCCGGCCCGACCAGACCCGGUGCCGCAGGCCUCGGGAGCGCGCCAGACCCCGACCCGACACAGCCCCGAGCUCGCGGGCGCCGCAGUCCGCGUCCGCCGCGGUCCGUGUGGAACCCGCAACAGUCGAGGGCCCGGCGGGGCGCCGAGGAGGCGGCCUCGUGUGGGGGGCAGGGAGUCGCAGCGCAGCCCCCGACCUUCCUCAGCCCGGGCGCGCCGCCAUGCCGGCCCGGGGCUCGCACUCCCGCGCACACGCUGCCUCCGGAACCAACGUGCGCGGAAGGCGGGGCCGGCGGCGCGGGGCCGGGACCGGACCGCGGCCCGGAAGUGACGCAACGGCGGCGACGGGGCGCGCAGCUUCGCGGGGCGGCGGCGGGAGCGGCCAUGGCGCACAUCACCAUCAAUCAGUACCUGCAGCAGGUCUAUGAAGCAAUUGACAUCAGAGAUGGGUCAUCCCUUGCAGAGCUGGUGUCUUUCAAGCACCCUCAUGUUGCCAACCCACGGCUUCAGAUGGCCUCUCCAGAAGAGAAGUGUCAACAAGUUUUGGAACCCCCUUAUGACGAAAUGUUUGCAGCUCAUUUAAGGUGCACGUACGCAGUGGGGAACCACGACUUCAUAGAGGCGUACAAGUGCCAGACCGUCAUCGUCCAAUCAUUCCUACGGGCAUUUCAGGCCCACAAAGAAGAAAACUGGGCUCUGCCUGUCAUGUAUGCAGUGGCACUUGACCUUCGAAUAUUUGCCAAUAAUGCAGAUCAGCAGCUGGUAAAGAAAGGAAAGAGCAAAGUUGGGGACAUGCUGGAGAAGGCGGCCGAGCUGCUGAUGAGCUGCUUCCGCGUCUGCGCCAGCGACACCCGUGCGGGCAUAGAGGACUCCAAGAAGUGGGGCAUGCUGUUUCUGGUGAAUCAGUUAUUCAAGAUCUAUUUUAAGAUCAACAAGCUCCACCUGUGUAAACCGCUCAUCCGAGCCAUCGACAGCUCAAACCUGAAGGACGACUACAGCACUGCACAGAGGGUGACGUACAGGUACUACGUGGGCCGGAAGGCCAUGUUCGACAGCGACUUUAAGCAAGCUGAAGAGUACCUGUCCUUUGCUUUUGAGCACUGCCACCGUUUGAGCCAGAAGAACAAAAGGAUGGUCCUCAUUUAUCUGCUUCCUGUGAAGAUGCUCCUGGGUCAUAUGCCAACCAUUGAGCUCCUGAGAAAGUACCAUCUCAUGCAGUUUGCGGAGGUGACCAGAGCUGUGAGCGAAGGCAACCUCCUCCUCCUGAACGAGGCUCUGGCCAAGCACGAGGCCUUCUUCAUCCGGUGCGGCAUCUUCCUCAUCCUUGAGAAGCUGAAGAUUAUCACCUACAGGAAUCUUUUUAAGAAAGUGUACCUGUUACUCAAGACACACCAGCUGUCUCUGGAUGCGUUCCUGGUUGCCUUGAAGUUCAUGCAGGUAGAGGACGUGGACAUCGCCGAGGUCCAGUGCAUCCUGGCCAACCUGAUCUACAUGGGUCACAUUAAAGGCUACAUCUCGCACCAGCACCAGAAGCUGGUGGUCAGCAAGCAGAACCCGUUCCCCCCGCUGUCCACGGUGUGCUGACCCCGCCCCCGGCCCCGAGGACAGGGAGCGGGGCCAUCCUGGUUCUCAUCCUGCCGAGAACUCGUUCUCUGCAGCUGGAGUCUCUCGGGUCUGUUCCUGGAGAUGCUGCGACUUCAGUGUCUCUGACAUCACGGCUGACGAAUAUGCACCUCACAAAGGCCUGGGAUCCCUUUCUCAGAAAGCGCGGCCUUCUCCGCUGGCCCUGGGGUGCUGGUGACACGCAGGCGGGGGGCACGGUGUCCGAGGCCUCGUGAGUGUUGUUCAUGAAGGCGUCUUUUAACUCUUUUAUAAAAAAAGGUGAUCUGAGUUUAUACAAAAA